AUGUCUGUCUCCAAGGUCGUCGCGACCCUCGCUGCGGCGGUCAGCGCCGUGUCUGCCGUCUCCAUUGCCGAGAUAAACGGCAAGACCUUCCUCUCGCCUCUCCAAGGCCAGUCCGUCACGGACGUCGAGGGCCUCGUCACGGCCAUCAACCAGAAUGGCAUCUUCUUGCGGUCCACGGACCCUGACGACGACCCGGCCACCUCAGAGGGCCUCUUCGUCUAUGGUAGCACUGUGCGGCCUCUGGUUGCCGUUGGCGACAUUAUCACUCUGGAUGGCAAGGUCUCAGAGUACAGGAGCAACAACCUGUACCCCUACCUGACCCAGCUCCAGUCCCCCACCAACGUCAAGGUGCAGUCGUCCGACAAUGAGGUCAAGCCCUGGGUCAUUGGUGUCGAUACCCCUUCGCCGCCCACCGAGAAGUACUCCUCGCUGGACGAGGGCGAUGUCUUUGGCGUCCCCAACGACGUCGCCCGCCUCUCGACUGCCAACCCAGAGCUCGACAUUGAGACGUACGGGCUGGACUUUUGGGAGAGUCUUGUCGGUCAGCUCUUGACCAUCAAGGACGCCUACCAGAUCGGUCGCCCUAACCAGUAUGGCGAUGUCUGGGUCCGUGGUGACUGGAACGUCACCGGCCUCAACGACCAUGGUGGUCUGACUGUCCUCGAUGGUCCUGAUGCCAACCCAGAGGCCAUCAUCAUCGGCAGCCCCACAGACGGCUCCAGCAACCCGGACGACACCAAGAUGGGCGACUUCCUUGGCGACAUCACCGGUCUCGUCUACCAGGCCUUCGGCUUCUACCGCAUCCUCCCUCUGACCGCUGUCGCCACAGUCAACGAGUCCAGCAGCGAGUACGAUGCCGUCUCCUUUGAGUCGGACAAGACCUGCCGCGGGUUGACCUUUGCCAACUACAAUGCUCGCAACCUGGCUCCCGACUCGAAGCUCAUGCCCGCCACCGCUGCACAGAUUGUGGACAAGAUGCUCACGCCCGACGUCAUCUUCCUACAGGAGGUGCUCGACAACUCCGGCGAGACGGACGACGGUGUUGUCAGCGGAAACCUCACCCUCUCCACGCUCUCUGCCGAGAUUGAGAAGCAGUCUGGCGUCGUCUACGACUUCCUCGAGAUCUCGCCCAAGGACAAGCAGGACGGCGGUGUGCCCGGCGGCAACAUCCGCGUCGCCUACCUCUACCGCCCGGAGUCUGUCGAGCCCAUGGACCUGAAUCCCGGCGGCGUCGACGACGCCAACGAGGUCCUCGCGGGCCCCACGCUCAAGUACAACCCGGGUCUCAUCGACCCGACCAACGCGGCCUGGAGCGACAGCCGCAAGCCCCUGGCCGCCCAGUGGAAGGCCGUCAAGGGCAACGGCCGGCCCUUUUUCACCGUCAACGUCCACUUUGGUUCCAAGGGAGGCUCUUCCACGCUCCACGGCGACCCCCGCCCGCCCAUCAACAACGGCGUCGAGAAGCGCAACGAGCAGGCCACCAUCACCGCCGAGUUCAUCGCCGACAUCCUCGCCGAGAACCCCGCGGCGGCCGUCAUCAUUGCUGGCGACUUUAACGAGUUUGUCCAGGUGAAGCCCAUCCAGACCUUCCAGGAGAUCUCGGGCAUGCUCGACCUCGAGGACGUUGUCGACAUGGAGCCCGUCGAGAGGUACACCUACCUCUUUGACGCCAACAGCCAGGCGCUCGACCACAUGUUCAUCAGCCCCUCGGUCGGCCGCAAGGCGCAGUACGAGCACCUGCAUCUCAACACGUGGCAGAACUACGACGACCAGGUCUCGGACCACGACCCCAGUGUCGCCAAGCUGAAUGUCUGCGGUUGCGGCCCAGCUUGA